AUGUCCGGGAUUGCAUGUCCCUUUUGUCAGAAGAAGUUUCAGGCACAGGACCUCAUUACCCACUGCCGGAUCUGCCGAGCUCUCCAAGCUGAGGCUAGCUCUGCCGGUCAACAAACCAAGACAGACACCCAGCGGUCCAGGCAGCCUGUUGGAGCCGGUGAACGCACAUCUAACCGCGUAUCAGAGGAUUUUUCUACAAGGAAGGUCCAGGAUAGUUCCAAACGCUCCUACGUUCAACAGGAACAGGAGAGUUCUCCUUCUAGAAACCACUCUGCAAACACUCCUGCGAGGACUUCUGAUCCAGCAGAGGGCGAAGAGUCCCGAGAGGAGUGUCCCCAUUGCGGUCGCAGGUUCAUUUCUAGUCGCCUUGAGAAGCACGUCAGUGCAUGCGCUAAGCUUAGUACGCGGAGAGUCCCAUCCUUCAAUCCUCAUGACCAGCGCUGGAGGAAUGUCAGCAAUGAAGAUAGGCAGCUGGUCAACGAAGCAGAGCCAAGCACGCCGAUGUCGCGUUCCAUGGUGAAGUCCAAAACCCCUGUCCGCAAGAAACUCAACUGGAAUACAUCAGAUAUGGCCGCAAGCUUUGGGCAAGAAAAGUUGGCUUUCAAUCCCACAUAUGAUGACAAUGUGGCCCCCCAGCGGCCCGUUCAGCAUAGCCCGCCGCCGCCGCAGCAACAGCAACAAUCUGACGAGAAGCCCAAAGAUUCAGUAAAGGAAGAUCGCAUCCCAGAGCCACGUUCACCAGAGCGUCCUAAAUCUGCCAUCCAAAGAGAUGAGCCAACAGAUCCCCGUAGUGUCCCAGACCCUGCUUUCAUGGCGUCAGCUGUCGAGUCUAAGCAUCGACACAGGCACCGUCGCCGCCAUGAGCACGGGCACACUCCACGAGUGCCUUCGGAGACAUCUCGAUAUGUGUCUAGCACUCCUGGCCAUACUGUGCCUGCAUAUGUCUCGGGCGUGCCAGCACACCUCGUGCAGCAGCCAGCGCAGCUUACUCAUCAAACCCCUCUGGCCAUACCGCAGCUGUCAACCGUGGCAGUAUCAUCUGGCGUUCCUGGGCUUCCUGUGCGAAUUAUGGCCACGCCUCCAGAGCUGUGCACCUUUUGCAUUUACUGCGGCUUAAAAUUCCAUCCAGAUGCGGUCUUUUGCGGAAAUUGUGGUAGUAAGCGACAAUCCUAUGACCAGAUUUAUGGUGCACCCCAGUGA